GACGAGGGAGACGAUGGUGACCAAGGAUUACCUAAAGACGAAAAGGAUGAUGAUUUUCUUAAAGAUGUUAACGAUGGAGAUGUCGAUGGGGGAGAGGAAAAAGAAGAAAAGGACUAUGGAAUAGAUGAUGCAGAUGGCCAAGUUAAUGGAGGUAGAUUCAGAGACAAGUCAAAUGAUGACAGUAGUGACAAAGAUACAGAUGAUGGUAGUCAUGAGAGUGGGGAUGACAAGGAUGGUGAGAAUGUUGGAAAAGAAAAAGAGGACGAUGAUGACACUCAUGAUAAUGAUGACGAAGAAGGUAAGAAUGUUGACAAAAAUGGCCAUGAGGAAAACGAUGGAGAUGACAAUUACAGCGAAAAUGGGUACAGUGGAGACAAGGACCACGAGAAGGACGACGAUGAUGUUAACGAUAACGACGACAAGAAUGACGAAGACAGUGACAACACCAAUGAUGAUGAUGAUGAUGAUGAAGGUGAUGAUGACAAGGAAGACGAGAAAGAUGGAAGUGGUGUUGAAGACGAAGAUAAGGAAGAUGGUAGUGGUGUUGACGAAGGCGACCUUGACGAUCAGGGUUACGAAAGAGGUAACAAGGAAGGGGAUUGGCCGAAGAGUGGUGACGUUAUGGACUUGUUUAAAUCUGACGCAGUUUCAUCUUUUAAAGGACUUUCUAUUAAGUAUUUUAGCAUUUCCACCUGUAUAAGUGGCAUUUUAAUUGGCUUUCUUCAUUAGCUCAAACUACCAAAGCCCACAGGUGUUAGCUAUGUUUGAAAUUUUCCUGUUAAUUUAUUGAAUGAAAAGGAGUCAAAUAUUUCAGCCCUUCCUGUCAGCUUGCCUUGUAUAUAUGGUGCCACCAACCGUUUUUGUCAUCCUGUAUAAAUGAUGUAAAGAAAUAAUUAAUUUUUCAGUGAAAUACUUACCAUCAUAACCAUGCACUUGUUUUUACAAGUAUAUGAAGACUGGUUCUACAAAUUCAAUAUAAAUUCCUCCUUAUAUUUUUGUAACUGAGGUGCUCAUGUGUGGUAUUAAACAAUUGGAUAAAUUGAAUAAAUGAGGACAAUAGCGAAGAGUUCUUAUUUUCACUGAGCCUCUUAUGAAACUUUGAUUUUGGAUCACAGGUGUUCUCACUUCUUUCAGAUCUCACGUCGACAUUCAGUUGAGACCCCGCUGCGAAACGGGGAAGAUUAGCCAUCAAAUGAGGCCCAGCGUCUCAAGAAAAAGAUAGUUCAGUUAACGGAUCAUUUUUAUUUACUAUAUGUUGCUCAACGCAUAUAAAAAAAGUCAAAUAAACCCUACUCAAUGAAGAAAUGGUCACAUUUUAGCCUUCUUUCAUAUGCAGAUGUAUCUUUAUUUUCCAUUUCAUCUUUUCAUUGAUGGUUGCUUACUGCAUGACAUAACUUGCCCCAUUCGAGUAAUACUUCAGAAACGACUGAUCACAGCUUUCGUUCUUCAGUUAUAGUGGACAUAUACAGAUACUUCCGCACCCAACACACGUGUAAUUUUUAUUGACCAAAAUGGAUAAGUUAUUGCCUAUGAAUAAAAUUUGAGGGCGCCUGCGUAUUUUUUUUCUUUUGCCAUUUAAAAGUCGUGCCUAUCUUGUGAGUUAAGAUUUUUCUUACGAUAUGAUAUUGUAACAUCUUAAACAAAGUCAUCUUUUCUCUUAAACUUAAUUUAUAUCACUUUAUUUAUACCAGCACAUUGGAAGGACUUGAAGCAAUAGAUAAACUGUAGACCUAGCAGAGUUUUUAUCUGGUGUUAAUUGGUGCUUUGACGCCGCGGCAUGACGGUGCAGAUAAAGCGGAAGUAAAAAAAAUAAAAAUAAUUUUCAGUCUAUUGCAUUCUCCAAAGUUAUAAUUAAAUGUACAACGCACGAUGUUUGCCUGGAGGUCAUAGAAAUAGGAAAAGUUAAAUCGGUACGCGUAUUAGAUCAAUAUUUUCCUUCUGUCUGUUGACGAAUGUUUGUAUCCAGGAUAAAAUUAAAUCGCCUCCGUAAAUACUUGUAGAGCCGACCACAUUAUUUCAUGGGAUGUUAUGCUGAACUUGGCGGCAUAAAUUCGGUUUGUUAUUGAAGAUAUGCUGUAGCUUCAUGGUGUUAAGUGACCGAGAAAUAUCCAUGUGAACUGGAUGUAUGGUGACUUUGGUUGAUCAGUGCCUGUAAUAGCAACAUGAAAUAUUUGCCCGAUUGUUUAAGCAGCGGGGGUCAUAUUAGUGAGAUCGGCAGUCUAAUUAGGUCAAUAUCUGUCAUCCGAUGACGAAUGUUUUUCCUGUGCCAAAAUUGGUUAGCCACGAAAAGUAACUCGUACAGGGUAGAGAGUUUCACGGAAACUAUGACACGAUUUAAACCCUGUGUUUCAUGCCAAUUUUAACUUUCUUUAAAGCUUAAUCAAAAGUCAGGAACACUGCUUAGAUUGACAGAAGGAACGUAUUUCAAGGAUUUACCAAUUGACCUUAAUUAAUUUGGUCAAGAUGCACAAAAACAUUCAAUUUGUGUGACGGGAGUAGUUGCGGAUAAUCAUAUUAGUUGGAUCGGUAGUAUAUUUGAUUUAAUAUCUCCCGGCUGUCUGAUGAAUUGCAUUUGUUUCCCGACAAUGAGUAUUUUUAGAAGUCAGAGGGUUUCAACAAGUAUAUGAAACGAUCUGUAACUUGGGUGCGGGUGAGCUAAAAAAAAGUCGUCAAUAUUGUGGCACUUCUUCGAUAUCCUGAAAAUUAGUAUAUGUCUGCUAAUUACCAGCAAGCACCGACAAAUUUAUUUUUCUCUGGCGGUUGCCGUGACUCUUGCUCGUGUUUUUAUGUUCUAAAUGUUUCUCAUGCACCAUCUUAACCAGAGAAUGAGAACCUAAAGUCAUUAUGCUCAUUUCAAUAAUUGCUGACUUCGUAAACUGUGAGAAUUACUUCAAGUUUCAUUCAUAGGAAUGCGUUAAUACGUUUUUCCUGCAACAUAGGUUGCGUCGAGGUAAACAUCUAAGAUGCCUCCUGCACUCAGCAUCCGCUCUGACUUCACUAGUUGGUCAUAAAGAUUUUUUGUUAGUAAUAAGGGGUGUUUGAUUCUUAGUUUAAUGAACUUUGCUAACCUCUGCAAUUUUUCUUCAAUUAAUCUAUUGAUAAACACGUUCCUUAAUAAUCAAGUGGUCACAUAAAAACCCUGUAAAGAUGGUGACUAUGCUCAGUUUCAUAAAUCGAAGGCUAUCGAUUGUGAUAAGGUUUUCUAAACAAGUUUGGAAUAUUCCGAGCUAUAUAAAAUUUCGUUGAUCUGUUUAAGUUCAAAAUUACAAGUGAAGAGAUCUUGAAAUCCAAUAUGUUAUCCAAAUCAAUUAUAUCAAACCCGAAGUUUCUUCACUCAAGACUUGAUACUGCAUCCUAAAGAUUGUCACUUCGUUGGCAAGAAAUAUUGUUAAAAGUGUUAAGCGAGUUAAUUGUGAGAAAAAAAAGAAUCUUUCUAGUUUUCUUCUUUAUCUGCAUUACAAUUAUUUCUUUUCCAUGGAUAGUAAGUUUUACAAACAUCCAUAGGCCACACAAAUGUUCUAAAAGAGGAUUCCGUGCCCACAAUUUUAAAAGCACAGGCCAGACUUGAGCAAAGAUCAUAUUGCAAAUUGAUGAAUAAAUGGAUUUAAUAAUGAUUGGGGCGGAGGAUGGAGGAAGCAAAGAAGAGCUUUUGGAGGAAGCAAAGAAGAGCUUUUGGAGGCUUCAUAAUAAAAUGUAUUGGAACACUUUUUUUUGAUAGUUGGCACUGAAUUGAACUCGAAAUACUGACAUCAAUGACUUCAGCCCUCAGAAAUAUUUUUGACACUUAAUGGCAAUGCAGAGAGGUCGUGCAAAUAACUUGACAAAACUGGAAAACAGUUUAAUGAGGAGAUCGUAAUUAGCUAAACUUUUAUUUCAAAGGACAGUGGAAGUUUAGCGGCGAUGAAAUGGGAAAGUAACUUGUAAAUGGCGAUUAAAUGUGGAUGGCUAAGACGAAAAAGUGGGGAGGAGUGCGCUGUGGCUGUAUUGCUUAUGAAUUAUCUUCUUUUCUUUCUCGGUGAUAUUCUUAUUUGCAGGAAUGUUACCUAUUAGGAAAGGAGAAAUAGUACAUUUUGAGUUUGUCUGACCGAUAAAAAAAUAUGUUUUACGUUUGGUCAAAAGAGUGUGACAAUAGCACCAAAAACGAAUCAUUCAAAUUGAAUUACAUAUAUAUUCUAUUGAGAGUUAUCAAAGUAGAAGAUUCGUGUAUUGAUGUACAUAAGAGAAUCGCUUAGGUUAAAUGCAAGAGGUUAAAAAAAAUAAUUCCUUUUAGAAGUGUUAGGUCUGCUCUAAUUUUCCCUCCUUUUCCAUUUUAUAAACUAUUUGCUAUUUUUAAUAGUUAUUGCAAUGUACUUUUCUAUGAUUGUGAAUAAGAUUUUUAUAAACUGGCCUUCUUAGACCCGCAUUAGCCGCCCUUGGUCUAGGAGAAUAUUGUGCCUCUUCAUCGAGACGAUAAGUACAAUAAAGAUUGAUCGAUUGCAAAAAAUCUUAGACCUCACCAUGUGGAUUAAACUAACCUGUAAAAUAAGCCUUCUAUUGGUUGCCCAUCGCAUUGUUUUGGCACAUAAUUUAAUUGCACUGUAAAUUCUUUUUCCAAAUGUAUCGCCAAUUUAUUUUCAAAAAGCUAGGCUCACACCUCUGUUCACCUGUGAUGUUACUUUCGGACGCUGGUAUGUCAAGUUUUAACCGCGUUCAAUUUGAUUUACUAGUGUGAAAAUCAUCUAAUUAAAAAGACAGGAGCUAGUCAUAAUAGAGCACCCACUAGCAAAUAGCUUGAAAACAAAUUUGAGGAAUAUCUCCUUACUUUAGUUGAGAUGAUUAAACAAAGAUUUGCAACGGUCUCAAAGACCUAAAGAUUUUAAAUUUUUGUGAUGAGGGAAGCGUAAGAAAAUUUACAACGAAAUUACACCGACAAACAGGUAGACAAACAAACACGUCGCGAUUACUCGAUAUUGUCUACCAUGUAGACUUAGUUGUUGUUUAGAAGUUGAAAAAUCCCGAUUGUGGAGUCUUUGAACUUUUUACCGCGGUAACCACAAAAUUGAUUAUAGAAUAGCGAAUCCUAGCUUCAUAUCUUUCCAGAAAUGAACUGGCGGCACAAAAUACUAGGUAGUUGGUAUUCUAAUACUCAUCCUCGGUGGUGAUGACCAACCGGCUAAAAAACAAACGCUAAUUUUUUUGUUACCGACAAGAUGGAAAAAAAAUUCAAGGGACGAAACAUCGACAUUUACACAUUUGACGUUGCCAGAUUAUUAAUCUUAAUAAAUAUUUAGUUUGAUUAAUUCAUCGUUAAUUUAUUAUAAACGCCUUGCCUCCGACAAUGGGUAUUAAAAAUUACCGCCCUUUCGGUAUUUUAUGCCGCCUAUUUCAAGUAGAGGGAUAAAAAGUUAGGAUUCCUUUAAAAUUUUCUUUUAUGAGCAUUUUGCUGGCCACUGCGGUGAGUAGCUCAAGAGGCUUUUUUCAAUGCCGAAUUAGCAUAUUUUUUGUCAUUCUUUUUAGGGAUACCUAUUUUAAUACAUUCAAUUGCAAAAUAAAACGUUUUUAAAGCUGUUGUACUUUAAUUUUCAGUUACAUAAACCUUUUUCUCAAUAGGGUCAGUAGGUCGGUAGAUAUUCCAUGGAUAUCACACUCAACCUAUCGCGCAGAAGAAUGCAUACAGAUACGUACUCUAAGAUACCGAGUGCGUCAUAACCUUAUUUGGUACAGCUCUUUAGCCAUGCGGUUAGAGCAAAUAAUAUUUUUUCCAAGGCGGUAAAGCGGUGUACGUGUUGUUGAAGCGUAAUGAUACCGAAUUGUUUUUUAUUUUUUUCUCCAAAGACACAAAUUUCCCUCACUGGUGACGUAUUUUGUUGAUCAUGACAAAUGGAAGGAUUAAGCCAAUCCCACAAACAUUCAUUUCAGAUAAAAUGAUAUAUCUUUUGGAGGGGUACAGUUAUGCUCGUAUGAGCUGAGUACAUGGGAGUAUGUUAGAACAGAACAUUUGUAAUGUUCGGCUUUAAACAAGGUUGUAAAUACGUUAACUGAAUCAGCCUUGUGACCGUGUACAUCAUAAGACAAGCAGUUAGAAUUAAAAGCAGCAAAAGCCCUUUUUAGGCUUACACUUAUAGGGACUAAUCAACCGAGUAAUUAGAAAGAAUUGAUUCUGUUUUUCAGACACACAAAUUAUUUUAAUACACGAGGCGCUCGCCUGUGACCGAGUUUAAUCCUGUGCAAAUUUCUUUAUUUUUUUAAUUUUAAAGCAUAUUUGAUAAAAGCCUCGACGCUCAAGUCCAUCUUAUAGAGACAUGAGCCUCGAGGCGUACUUGAACGUGGCCUGAACGGACCCAGCCGGUUAGACUUAGCAUUCGAAAGCAUCGAACUGAAAAGACACAUGCAAAGAACCUUUUACCGAGUUACAUUUUGGAUUACAUCGGAUCACUAGAUUUCAUUGAUAUGUCUAAAUAAAAUGACAUGCAUAUAACUGCUUUAGACUGACGUUGAAGUAGAUAGGGAUUGUCCCUCUCAAUCAUGCUCAAAAUAAAUCCUCGAUGUUCACUUAGAAAAUCGACGUUGUUUGAGAUACCGUCAAGAGCGAUUGGAAAAUAGGAGUAUAAUUUAAAAUGGAAGUAGUUGCAGUCUCUUCCUUCAUGUUAUCCUUGUGUGUAAUACUUGUGCGCUUAUUAUCAAAUGGGUUAAAAAUGUAUCGUUUCUAAGAGUCUUCGUACGUGCGUUCCACACAGACGAACAUUGCUAUGACUUAGUUACUUUUCUUGCGCUGGGGAUGUUGAUUUUAACUAAAAUGACUUUGCAGAAAAUAAUCUUUGCUCAAAGUUUAUUUUGUUGACGGUGGCGUUUCUUGUCCCGUAUCUGUAAUUUUGCUCAACUAUCAUAGUAACAGGAGAAAAACGAAAAUACCCAUGAGCUUAAAAUUUUGUUGGAUAAAAAUCGUUUUAUCGUUUUUUGCAGCAAUUUUUCUAUGUCUAAAUGAUAAUCCAGGAUGAAGGAAGCCCAAAAUAGAUGGGCUUCACCACUGGAAAACAUUCAGUCAGCAAAUCAUCAACGAUACAAACCUAACAGUUGGACUCUUAUGGGAUGAACUUGGCAAUGAUAGCUCUUCGUUUUAUUAGCAUUUACCUUCCACCAUCAGAUUAUUGUCAGUCAUAGUUGUGAGUGUCCGUUCAGCCAAAAUUGUGAAUUGCUUUGAUUAAUAGCUUUAAUUUUAUUACCGGCUUCUACUGAUUGUUGUAGUUAAUUAUGUAAUUUUCAGCGUCUCCAACCAUAAUUCUUGAGCCGAUGUUAGAAAAACGAGGAAACUUCGAGAUGAUCGCAGGACUCUCUAGGUUUAAACCAAAGUAAUCAUAUCUUGAAGUCAGUGGCUCAGCGCAUGUCGUAUAUUGGCUGAAAUGACCAAAUCUUAAGAGGCACUCAUUUGGUUCUCAAGACAACUAGGAAAAAUAUGCAAAGGAAAUAGACUGUGUGCUUGAAAAAUAAGGCAAUAUCAAGCAAUGAGUAAAAAAAAGUUAGUAAUGAACCACUGAAAGCCACUAAACUUUGUACUGUGAAGUAAAAGAAAACAUGGUUUAGAAAACGGAAUUAAAACAACGUAAGGUAUCGGGUGUUUUUAGAAGUCAUUUAAAUGUUGCGACGAAGGACUGAAGGAAAUAGUAGUUUCAUUUCUUCUAAGCACUGUUUCUAAUCCAGUUGAGCUUCAAAUAACUAAUGUGUAUCGCAGUGCUUUGCAUGACUAUGAAAAUAGCGAUCGAUAGCGCACAGUUUUUACUAAGUAAAGGACUGAAAAUUUAUCUUGUUGGAUCGAUAGUUUGUUCGGAUUGUCAUAAGCUCUCCCUUGAUAAUCCGGCGUCUCUUAAUUUAUGGGAAAUUUGGAUUGGAUUGUAACGAGAACACCUUUCCUGCAAUAUUCAAAUGAUGUCUAAAAUCCGUGAUACACUUCAAAUUCAUCACGAUAUCCCAUAGAAAAAACGCCAAUAAAACGAUCUCUAAUAUCGAUUUGCGGUCUGCGGCGUCUUAAUGCCAAACUUGUUCCAAGGUCGUUGAUUUUUGUACGUGUUAGUUGACGCGGUUUUUCAGGCAGUUCGAUCUGUUAUUUAAAUUACUCACAUUCGUUUUCAACAUUCUCAUGACUCGACUCGAGAACAUCGAUAUAUCUGCUGCGUUCUAAAGCAGACGUUUAAACAAUAUACCCUAACCCGGGUUUUACUUAAUUAUGACAACUAUGAAACCAACCUAAAAAAUAAAAUUUCCUUGAAGGCUCCAUGAAUCCGUUUCGCGGGUAAGAAAUGAUUAACAUGAUUAGGGUGCGGUUGUUGAGGUUCCGAUCUCUCAUAAUGAACUUAUGGCAAUGACAACCGCAAAUAAUGAUUGCUAUCAUUUCCUACAAUUAACUAAUUAGCCUCGUGGAAAAACAAAAACUCUCUUCCACGUCUAACGCAAAGUGUACAAUGGUGGAAAGCAGACAGCAAGAAUUUUAAAAUUUACCUUAACCGUUUGCAUGAAAGCCACGGUCAACCUCUCAACUGCUGAGCCUUAACGAAGUUUUUUUUAUCGUUCGACGUAAAUUACCAUAUUUAAUUCGCAGACGUUUCUCUUUCGGUGCCCGCAUGGAAUGUUCCUUUUGAUUUUAUUUCCCGAAAACAGAGAUUGAUAUUAUUUAUGCAGGCCUUGCAAACAGCUUGACACAAACUCAUCUCAUAUAUCAUAAAGUAAUUUUAUUUUAGGCAUAAAUUCUAAACUUAAACUACUUCAGUUUUGUUUUAUUUAUUUCAUGUUUUCUUGCCCUGGAUACAUAGAGUCGAAAACAUCAACAUGGCGCAUGCUCGUUGCUUUUACCAUACACCAGAUUACCGGCAAUCCAGAGAUGCCGGUGACAAUGAGCAUACCUUUCCGUCCUACUUAGCUAAUAUCUUAAGUACCAUUCUUUUAUUUUUUUAUUUUAUUUUAUUUUUUUGGUGACGAAUGAAGAGUAACCUGCAUGACAAACAUGACGUCGAAAAGGUUUUAUUUUAGAGAAAGAUGUUUUUCGUCUUGUCACGAGCGUGGGAAAAAGAAAACAUUCUGAGUUCCCAUGAGGAAUCGAAUCUCCUUUGUCGGAAAAUGAUCUACGGCUCGAGUUUCGUAAGAGUAAUUACAGGCUCCCGCAUUAACAUGAUUUUUUUUUUCAGUUGUUUAUUUUUCCUCUCUUUUUGUUUUACUUUCAUAAGGACGGAAUUAAGUACAACUACCAAGAUGCUAAAAUGCAUCGCGCGGCAUAAGUGGAAUUUUAAGAGCAUUUACAUAAGGACCAAUUUAGCGGAAGAGAUAAGAUCAGACUGAGUUAAGUAACAUAAGCAACGCCACCAAAAUGGCUAUUUCAGAACUAUUGGCUUUAUAUUGCAGUCUGUAAACACUUGUUUCUAUGGUUACUUAUUCCGUGAGUUUCAGUGGCAUAAAAAGGUCAACAAAGCAGAUACUUAAUGGGGGUAUUAAAAGAAUUAUUUAACUUUCUCAAAUUUCCGAUCACAACUAUCGGUUAGGCGUAAUUUUCAAUACGAAAUUUCCAACCUACGUGAUACUCUUCCCACCAAUAAGAGCCUAAGUGUUUUUACGAAAAAAGGAAGGCUUCCUUAAACAAUAUCGACACUUGUUGAAUGGUUUUAGAAAUUUUCCAUGACAUUGCCUCGACACCUUGAUAAACAUAACAAUAUCUUGAGUGUCAAAACGAUACGUGUGCAUGUAUAUUUCACAUUCUCUCGAGAACCCUAUAAAUACUAAAACAGAGUAGCGACGAAACCAUAAUCGACAAGACGACGGGAGAGUUGAGACAAAAACGACGCAGAGACUUGAACUGCAGAAGAAAAAUGAACUCCAAACUGUUGUAUCUUCUUUGUCUUGUGGCUCUCUUGAGACCGCUUGGGGGUUUUCCUUUAUCAGUGACUGCCGGUAAGAUGAGACAAUUUAUCUGUUUAAUGAAAUGGUUUCUAUCCUUUCAGUUAGAAACCAUUAUUUACAGUUGAUAACCUCAGUUGUUUCCUUUAUAACUGAAACAUUAUUUUAUUCUAGUUCAGUAAGGAAGAAUCCUAACGCAUUGUGUAGAGAAUCAUUCAACUACUCAGCCCCCGUCCGGCUAAACGUACCGCGUGAUUGUUAAAAUGAUCGCGUGCUGAAUUAGAGCGGUUAAUUCAUCUUUAGUUUGUUUUGUCAGAUUUCUGAUCUAAAGCAAUAUCCCCUUUUUUGUGGUUUCACAUAGGGUUGCUUCUCUCUAUUGGAUACUUCGUGAAAAGUUUAAACUUUGAUUGCUUUGUAACGUAAAUACGUUUUACGUUCUUAGUUAUUAACCAUAGCAAAUCCCUACUUUCCAGAUGAUGGAAGCGCUUCUGGAGAAAGUGGAGAUGAUGAAAGCGGUAAGAUUUCAAAAUAUGUGCCCUACUUCAUCGGAGUAGUUUUUUUUUAAUUUGAUAUUUCACUGAACAAACUCUUAGAUUAGUAUUACGCUAAUAUCUCGACUGAUAGUCUUCGUUCUCUUUCAUUUUUUUUCUCCCCUCUUUCUUUGUUGGACCCAAUACAUACAGCACAUACUCAAUAUAGAUGAUUACACCAUCAGGCUUGAACCAAUAAAAUGAGUUGUUUCAAUACUCCUUCUGCUUGGCGUUUUCAAGAAAUUGACCACGUGCUAUUUUUCUCAAUAUUCAGGCGAAGAGUCUGGAGUUGACAGCGGCGAAGAAAUUGACGACGAGAGUGAGUCUGGAGAUGAUAGUGGUGAGGAGUCUGGAGAGGACAGCGGUGAAGAAGUUGAGGAUGACGAUGGCGAGGAGUCUGGAGAGGACAGCGGUGAAGAAGUUGAGGAUGACGAUGGCGAGGAGUCUGGAGAUGACAGUGGUGAAGAAAGUGAAGACGAAAGUGGUGAUGAAGAUGGCGAUGAAAGUGGUGAGGAUGGUGGAGAUGACAGCGAUGACGAUGAUGAUGAUGAGGAUGACGAUGAUGACGACGAUGAGGAUGACGAUGACGAUGACGACGAUGAUGAUAAUAAUGUACAAAGCUUCAAUGAUAAUGGCUUGCAACAUGUGGUCGAAGAGAUUGGAAAGGGCAAUAGCACUUACGGCAAAGAGAGUAAUGGUCUAGACCAGUUGGUUACUUCAAACGGAUUUGCUAUCAACGGAGGCCUUGCUCAUAUUCUCCUUGCAUUGACAUGUUUGCUUAUCAACUUCCCUUACUAAUUUUUCAAUAAAUGCUUCAUAUUGAAGAUAUCGUUCGCGGUGCGAAUGUUUUGUGUUCAUAUUUAAGAGUAAGUGACAAUUGACAAAGUUCCCUUCAAUUUUGUCGGCUUGUAAAUAUCUCAAGGGACUGCCUCGGUUCAAGAUUACAAAUAAAGACAAAUUCUGGCCACAUAGUUUGACCGCAUAUUCCUUUUUAUGGAAUAUGAACUUUUCUAUAAUAUGAUUGAAAGGCCAUUAUUUUAUUUAUUGAACAGUAAGAACUUUGGAACAAAGCGCAAGACAAGAGAACACUUACCUAUUUACACUGUUAUGGUAUGGCUCCUCUGCCUUGAACAGUCAUCUUAAUGUUAAUGAACUCAGCCGACAUGUGAUGAAAACAAAUAAUAGCAACAAAAAAGAUUUUAAAAAUGAAAAAGAGAAACAGCAUCAGUAAAUAAUUCCAAAGAAAAUAAAUAUAAAUGUGCAAUCUUUGGCUAGUGUUCUCGCUUAAUUUCAGGAAACACUAUCCAUGGGAAAGGUUUACAUCUUUACAGAAAAUAAAACAAGUCCAAGUCCAGUUAUUCGGAUGAUGGUUUUAGGGCAUUAUCCCUGCGCGGAGAUAUAUGGCUAAAAAAAGGAAGCUUCCUUCCCUUUCCCCCCCAUCAAGCAUUCUGUCAAUUUCUACAGAAACCUUAAAUCCUUUUGCCGCCACCGAACUUUCUUUCCCCGAGAAUGAUUAAUGUUUAGGUGCAGCGUUGUACAUACAGUCACCCGCUUCAAGCACAGUCAGGAUUAAAAGCUAACAAGUGAAAAAUAAACAAAACGAAAGAAAUUGAGAUGAAAGUCCUGGUUAUGGCAAUCGUUUAUGAUCAUGCUUUCAAGUACGCAUGGUUCCUCAGAGGUUUGUAUUAGCUUCCGUAAAGAUUCGUCUUUUAAAAACAAAUUGAAAAUGCAUAUUAAAUAAAAAAGUAAGGUCGAAAGAAGGAGGAAAGGAAAAUAGCAGACAAAAUAAGACAAUUUAAUUAAAAGCAAAACAGACAGUCAAGGAUACAAAAAUGAACAAAGCUAUGUUGCGUAAGCUUUUAAAUUUCAUAUUUUCUGCCAAGUUAUAUAGCAGUAGCCAAGGACAACAUAUGCAAAGAAAUAAGCUUAUGCUCUACGCUUCUAUAUUUCCUUUUUCGUGUUGAGUGGAACUCCCACUUCUUACAAUUAGUCAGGCUUACGCUGGUCUCUGUAUUUCAGAAAAUAGGCGAUCUAAGGUAAGAGAAAGUCUUUACAGACUUCGAAUUCAAGAGGGGUAAUACAAAGCUCCUCAUGGUAGAAGACCUGAAAUUAUCCCAUUAAAAAACCUGCAAUGAUCUCAAGGUUUUACAAACAGAAAUCUACAACACAAUUUUCAACUCAUUCUAGUCAAUUUGUAUUAAGAGCCUGUCCACGACAGGACCGGGCAGGCGUGACACAUGCUAUCGCACCGAUUUCUUUCAAACUUUCACAGUUUACGAGGAUCGUUAAGUUAUUCAAGAAUUCAAAGUAAUUCGGGCUUCCAGCUUAUCCCUGGGGUAUUAAAGCCUCCACACCAAACCCCUGGGGCAAAAUGUUAAAAUAAGCUCGAAAAAUGCACUUCCAACGGAUCUCUAUCACACUAACAGAAUGCGAUGGAUCUUAAUCUUAUCAAGUCUAAUAGUUGUUGGAACCUUAAGGAAACAAUUCCUUAAGGCUGGAGUAAUUUGAUAUAACCUCUGUCAAUUUAGAGCAGUUAAUCAUUAACUGUGUCACGCAACUAUUUCAAAAAAUAGAAAAAUUAGGGUUUUUUUAAUGCAGAUAUCUCCAAUGGGCACCAUUGUAUGUCGACAAAGAUACCAUCACAGAAAAGAACUAUCCUAACGCUACCUUGGUGGGCAAAAAAAUUUUUGGCAUCUGUAAAAGCUUCCUGAUCACGUCCCUCUGACGUUAGUUUAUACAAUUUUUGGUCAUAAACUGAUGUCUACUCACUCAAUUUCAAUUUGAAAUUGGAGUGGGAUCGCUGACGCUAGCUUUUGUGGUUCUAAUGUCAAAAACCAACAGAUGUGUAGCUGCCGAGCUAGGGAUUGACUAAUCAUAGAAAUUCUGUGACUCUGACACAAUCUAUUGGAAAAAAAUUAUUCAUAAAUGUAUGUACAUAUCAUACUUUAAACAUUACCGAGUUAGGUAAAGGACGUCGGCAGUUGACAGAGACGUUUGCCAAAUGUAAUUUACGCAAAUGCAACACAAUACAUACCUGUAAUAAUUUUACUUAAUUUGUGGGAAGCUUUGGAGAGGACUCCAUCGAAUGUUAGGUGCAUUACAAUAAAGUUGUUCCUGUUACAUUUAACCAUGUAGAGUAGAGUCGAGUAGUCUAUAUUAACUUUCCUCUUAGGAGGCUAUUCUAGGUUAAUUACAACACUUUGUGGGGACUUGGGCUGGACUGCGCUGAGGAGUUUGCAAUUUUUGGAACAAAAUGUUGCAAUUGUCCCCGAUUUGGGAAUUAAGGUCAGACCACAACAGCGCGAGCUACGUUCCCUUCUCUUUAAAAAAAGGGCGUGGAAUGUUUAACGUCCCUUGCUGACCAGUUAUGACAACUUGGGCCUGAGAUGCUGUCACAUGAAACCUUCAAACACCCUUAGAUGGCUGGCUUAGUGGCUGGAGUACUCCUAUUAUAUGGCCGUAUGCGCAAUCCCAUAGAAAAUCUUAAUCCCAUAGUAAAAGCUGUGACGUGAACAGGUCCGGAAAAAGCCGUCCCAGCCCUACACCUACACAGUUUUGCUGAAAAAACUUGGAUGUAGCGUCUUGUCUCUGAAAAGAAAGACAUGUAUCUCAUGGGCAACACCCCCUCUAAGCUUAUUGCCACUGUAGAGGUAGAGCUCCAAAUCAUCGACAACCUAAACGACUACUUAUUCAAAAUCCUUUGAAACUAAAUUGAAUGAUUUUUUCGUUUUAUUGUGUACAUUUCUGAAAUAUUUUCACUUUUAAAGUCCUGUAGAAUUUGACCACUCAAAUAGCCUAGAAAAGUGAAGACUACAUGUCGACGUAUUCUAGCUAACCCCUUUCGUUCAAUGUAUGGUGUCACCAGAUAAUGACUAUUGGUUUAUUUUCUUACAUGUCCUUUUAACCCUGUGUUAUGUACACUGAUCAUCCUGAAUCUAUCGACGUAUUUCAAACUUUUCCCUGUAGCGUUUUUAGAAUUACCGUCUCGGACAUAGAACUCUACCUCAACUUCACCAUCCGCGUGCUUUUUGACCGCGACAGAAAAGUGCCAUGACUUUCCCUUUAUGCCAAACCAUUUUCUCUGUUUCCCAGUGAACAACUAGAGGGAAUUUCAUGGCCCAGUUCAUAAUUAUGAGCACUUGGUUGUUGACCAGGUCCUCAAUAACAUUACAGCGUCUUAAAGGACAGGGAUGUGCGCUAUCCACUCGUUAAUAUCAGGGAUUACGUUAUAUACGUCAUGCUGUAGGUCUUCCAGCUGGUAUUUACUUUAACCAUCAAUUAAAGGAACUCCGCCUAUCCAAAAAAAAUUAUGCUUACCAUUAGAUGAAAAAAAACGUAUCUUAUAUCUUUUUGCGUCUUUGUGACAAUGCCAAGCCUUCAUAAGCUUACUCGAAUCAGAAUCUUACAGUACGACUUCAGCGAUCCCCAAAGAUGUUUGCGAUCGCCGUCAAGCCACACUUUAAAGUCACAUGAGGCGAUUCAUAAAAGAAGGAAACGACUAAACAACGUCGGUAACACGAAGGCUGAGAUUGAAUAAUAUGGGGAGGGGCGAGGGAUGAGAGGGUGCUACGCCACGGACGCAGAAAUUCAAGACUUUUUCCGAUAUAAGAAGAAGCCCAGCAUGGCUGACAUUCAACGAGUGCGGUCACUUUUACAAGAGGAUUUCUUACAAGGAGAAGAAACCGGCAACAAGGCAAAUCCUUCUGAUGUUGUUCCUAAAAUGAAGCGUCUUUAAGAUAGGCAAAUGGAGACAAAUUGUUCAUCAACGAGGAAUGACUUAAGGCCCAUCUCCUGAGUGGAAUUGUAAGUGCCUCCUUGAGAAUGAAUGUACGAUCAAUGCGUCAACAAUACAGAAGCGACUAGGACGAGAUUUCAGGUAAGGAAGAGAACUAGAAACUUGUUAUUGGCCUCAGAGUGAGAAAAAAGGCAUUUGUGCUGUUAAAAGGGACUGAUAAUGAAAAAUCGACCAAUGAAGACCCUUUAUUUUUAAAAACAAUACUUUCAGAAACCUCUCCUUGUCUUAUUAUACAGAAUAUUAUUAAGAAAUAAAGAAAUAUUCUCACUUUAGGUACAUUACUCCUUUAAUGGCACCUGAAAUUGGAUGGAGUCUUAUUCCCACAGAAAAAACAAUUAUGGCGCAUUGAGUAAAAUUAUAAUACGUAUAUAAAGUGUUUCAUUUGUGCAAAUUACAUUUGGCAGACGUCGCUGUCAACUGCCGACUUCCAUUACCCAAUUUGGUAAUGUUUAAUGUAUGAUAUGAAUAUGUAUUUAUGAAUCAUUUUUUCCAAUAGAUUGUGUCAGCGUCACAGAAUUUCUAUGAUAAGUGAAUCCUUAGCUCGGCAGCUAUACAUCUGUUGUUUUUUGACAUUAGCAUCACAAAAACUAGCGUCGGCAAUCCAAUUUCAAAUUGAAAUCGAGUGAGUAAACAUCAGUUUAUGACCAAAAAUUGCACAAACUAACGUCAGAGGUCACGUAUUUCAGAGGGACGUGAUCAGGAAUCUUUUUUACAAAGGCCAAAUUUUUUCGCCCACCAACGUAGUGUUAAGAUAGGUCUUUUCUGUGGUGGUAACUUUGUCGACAUACAAUGUUGCCCAUUGGAAAUAUUUGCAAUUAAAAAAACCUAAUCUUUUAUUUUUGUGUUAGUGUGACAGAGAUCCGUUGGAAGUUGCGUAUAGCAGAAGAGCGAAAAGAGACAGGAGAGAAACAAGGGUAGAUGCUAUGACUAAAAUACAAGAAAGAGGUUGUUUCUAACAUCAUUUCUCUUUCAAAGCUUUCAGCAGUUUGAUACUUGCGCGGUGUCCACCACAAUAUAAUCACUUGUCUUUUUAUGAUGCUUAUGUUAACAAAAAGACCAUGCUUCAUGCUUGAUGCUGCACGGAAUCACAUAUUCACCGAUCCACCCCAUUAUCCAUGCCAUUCCUGAUUUUCUUAGGCGCAUCAUUUCCGUUCACUUAUGAACGGGAUCAUGCAGAGGCCCAUAUAAGUGUACGCUGAAUUUUAGCUUGUUCAAUGAUUUCGGUGGAUAACUACUGGUACUUUUUCUCAAAGAUUAACAGGCCGAUACAAAAAGCUGAAGAACCUCCAUCACAGCUAAAUCAUGGCACAAUUCAAGUUGAAAGAUCUUGGAAAACAACGGUUAAAAAUUUCGUCAGCUGUGUCAGUAGUUCCCACUGCUCUUCGGCUUGAGCUUGGAGUGAUUGUGGCUCACAAACAUCCAAAGUCGAUACCCCUAUUCAACAUAAAUUGAUUAAGCAUACGUCACGAGGAUUGUAAAAAGCGGCUGAAAAUAUUUCUUUCGGGUUUUAGUUAUGAGAAAACUGAGAGAGAUUAACAGAAAUUAUAAUGGGUAGUUUCAGUCAAAGGCAUGAAAUGUAAAGCAGAACAAAUAUGUUAAUAAACGAGAAUAAUUAGCAAUAUCUGAAUUCUAUCAAUAACUUAACCACGAAUUUUUUCGUCAAUGCCAUCAUAAUUUAUCGUUACUUUUUACACAGAGAAGGACAAAAUCCAAAAACAAAAGACGGUAGUGCUUUUCUCAUCAUAAUGUAAGAGUUGCGUGAAAUGAUAAAAAGGACCAUAUUUAAAGAUUGUUGUUUUUAUGUUUUCUAGACUUAGAUGCGUGCAGGUAUUUACGUGAUAAACUAAUAGUAAUAUAACAUCCGGUUAUACUGUUUUCAUGUAAAUCCCGCCCCUCUAGGUGUGUCUUAAGUUGGAAUGAUGAUUAAAUCAUAUUAGUAACGUCAUGAAAUAGAUAUGAGAAAGUAGUUUAUAUCUACACGACGUGCAUUUUCCAAGUGGAUUUGAAUCUGUUCGGACCGAAAGCUUAGUGGAUAGGAGGAGAUAGGGCCGAAGUGUUGGAUAAAUGGCCUCGAGACUAUUGCUUUUACUUGGUCUUUUAGUGCUGUUACAGCCUUUGUGGGGUUUCCCUCGGCCUGGUAAGGAACACAGGUUAUUGUUGAGGGCAUCAUGUUUGGCUUUCGUCAAUUAGGUUUUUGACUGAUGCGACGAUCAGUGGAGUGACCUCAAAGAGUCUAAGCAUAAAGUUCACUUCAAAUAGUAUCUCCCUUAAUUCGACUUGAAUUUUUCUUGGCUUCCUUAGCUUAUUGCGUUCUGCUAAAUUUAUUUUAUUUUGUUUCAUCUUAUUUUUCUUUUAAUAAAUUUUUAAAAGAGAUAUCGCAUAUUGGCCGUUGUUGUAAAUUCAAAAGAAAUGACAUCUGCAGUUUGAAGAUCUUCGAGUUGAAGCCCAAAAAAAUCUCCUUAAAUACUUGUUGGAAACAAAGUGUGAUGUUAAAUGCCAAUUAGAUUAAAGACUGGCGUUUGCUUGCCUCAGAGAUUAUUGAUAUUCCAAGAGACGGCUGAGUUAUUUUUGUGACCAAGUGGUUCCUUCUGGAAUGAAGAUGAACAAAAAAAUAUCGUUACUGAUUUGGAAAUCGUUAUAAACUAACAAUGUCUGUUUUCUAAUCGCUCUGACGAAGGGCUAACGCUCGAAACGUCAGCUUUUUUACCCUUUACGGUGGCUAAUUUACGUUUUCAACCCAGUUGUUAACACUAAAUUACCUGCAAUGUCUAUUUUAGGUCUGGUAUAGAAGAAAUACCUAAUACACGCUGGAAAACGGUCUUUUGAGACAAUUUAGGUUGAAAUUUCGCAAAUACAGCUCGAUGAUCAAACUAAUCGAGUUAAAGUUAUUAUGAGCCCACUCCUUGAACUUUGGAUGAAAAAGUUGACACUUAUUAAUGGAUAGACUGUUUUAUACGAAGUUACAACAAGCACAUUUUCUAGUUACUUAUCAUAAUAAAGUUCGGAUAUAACGCGCGCUGUCAUUGGUUGAAAGAGCGUGCUCUAUGAGAGUAUAGAGCAUAGAGCUGAGCUAAAGCUGUCACGCCAUCUGAUAAUUGUACUAUAUUCGAGCUUUUCCGGGACUUCUUUUUAGCUUUUUUCCGAUAAUUGAAAGUGAAAUUUCGGAACUGAAGCAAGCCGACAAGUAGCAACAGAAGAAUCAAACAAAGGUUUGUAAACAUACCUGGCGCUGUAAUUUACGUUAUUAAAACGUGAGCAGAUACGAAAAUCCUCAAAGGAAAAACAAAAUAAACAUUCCGAGUUUUAAAGAUUCUCACGCUCAGUUAGAUUGCAAGCUUACGUACGGUAAUAAAAAUCAAAUACAGCUAACACUCGUAUAGUAUAUAAAGUUCAGUGUUCAAAAACAAAACAGAACAAAACAGAAAUGAUGAAAAAUUUAACCAAACUGGCAUAAUUGUUAAAAUUCAUACUAAUCGUGACGGUGUCUGAGCGAAUAUGAUCAUGCUGAAGUUCAUCGCGGCUCGCUCAUCAUGGUGAUCUCUGGUCAUCACAGUAAAGCAAGCCUCAGAAACUACAUCGGCCACCCUUCGAGUGAAAAAAUAAGAGCUUGCUCUGAUAUCCUUUCCGAUACGUUGAGUGGAAAGUCACAUCAGUCACUGCAGCGGAGUUUUGCGGCGCUGUCAUCCCGAGCGAUCUUCAUGUUCCGGUGAAUUCGGCUGUCGUUCACUCAAAAAACACUCGCCUUGAACAGUUUGUUUUCCACCUUGUCGUGUGAAAAAACUGGCGUGUUUUUAUGAGCCAUAAUUCGGCUGAAGUUCACUGAAAAUUUCACUUCAAGAUUCUGUAUUAGAGACUGAAAAAAACUUGAGGCAAAAGUGUUUAAUUCGACUUGCCGAACUACUUUAGUUUGUAAACUAUCGUAGAAUGUGAACUUUGAUGGUUUUUGAACUUUGAUGGUUUGACACUUUUGACAGCUUUAGUCUUGUACAGCCAAUCAGAUUAUUUGAACCAUUCUAACAGGGAUUCUGAUUGGCUUAUUGUAGCGUGCUUUAUGAGAGUAAAGAGCAUGCUGACGACACUGUUGUUCGCUUUGGAAAUAAAGUUUGUUUUGAAAAUUGAAAGUAAUGCUUAGGUGAUUUAAAGGAUUCUUUAUUAUAAAACAAAUAGAGAAGCCUUGACUGUGCUCUGUUCUGUUAUAAAGCACGCAGGAAGCGGUUAGAGUACGAAAGAAGUGUAGGGAGAACUUACCACUUCUUGUUAAUUGGUGAGAACCACCACUUCUUGUUAAUUGGUGCAAUCGUAUGUGAAUUCUAAAUUUCUCUGAAUCGCAUUUAUUUACUUACUUCUAGGGUUGUGUAGAAAGUUGUUUCAUGUAUUCCUAUUAUUUAAUAUAACCAGUAGUUAUACCCAAUAUCAAUGAAAUGCUUAAGUAUUACUGGAGAAAUUUAAGUUUCUGAAUUAGUAUUUUCAAAUGCUAAUGUUGUUGUAUAACAACCUCCGUAGACGAUGAUGAUGGUGAUGAAGACGACGACGAUGACGAUGACGGCGACGAAGAUGAGGACGAUGAUGAUGAUGAAGAUGAUGAGGAGGAUGAUGACGAUGACGACGAUGACGACGACGAUGACGACGACGAUGACGAUGACGAUGACGACGAUGACGAUGACGACGAUGACGACGAUGACGACGAUGACGAUGACGAUGACGAUGACGAUGGCGACGAUGACGAUGACGAUGACGAUGACGAGGACGAUGACGACGAUGACGAUGACGACGAUGACGAUGACGACGAUGACGAUGACGACGAUGAUGGUGACGAUGAUGACGAUGAUGGUGACGAAGACGACGACGAUGAUGAUGAUGACGAUGAUGGGGAAGACAGUGGCGAUGGUAGUGCUAAUUUCAGCGAUGAUGCUGAAAUCAAUCGGGAU